GCGGAGGCGGAGCUUCCCUCCCGAGUCCCGCCCCCCCUUCCCCGCUCGCUCGCUUCCAAGCCGGGGCUGCUGCUGCCGCCGCCGCCGCUGCUCGUACCGCCGAAAUGGCCCUGAGGCUGCCGCUCCAGCUGGGCCGCACCUCCUCUGCCUCCAGUAAGCCGGACCCAGCCACGCAAGCCCGGCGCCUCGGCCCAGCUAGGCCUCGCCUCGGGGAAUAUGCGUGAGCCUCCAAGGGGGUGGAGGACUCCAACUCCCAUCAGGCCCCGCGGGAGGAGCCUAUGGCGAGGGAUGCUGGGAAUUGGAGUCCGGGUGGGGAAAGGAGGUGGCAGCCAAAAUGGCGCCCUCCGAAGGCUUUCGCAAGCGCUGGCUCCCGUCAGCCCCUGCGGCCAACGUGCUGUUCCCGGGGGGUGAUGGGAGUUGUAGUGCAACGGCAAGUCCAGCCUUUCUCAAGCUGUGGGUCUCCAGAUGUUGUUGAACUACAACUCCCAUCACCCCUAACCAGCAAGGCCAGAGCUCAAGGAUGAUGGGAGUUGUAGUCGAACACCAUCUGGGGACCCACAGCUUGAGAACCACUGCUAGCCUCUGCUCAUCCCUCCCAGUUUUGAAGUAGGGUGCUUUUUGGGGGGGGGGACUGGUUUGAACUGGGCUGCAAAAAUGGUGAUAGGCCUACAUAUUUCUGCCAGGUUGUCAUUGUACCAGCCUGUCUUUGUCUGCUUCUGUGCUGAUGUUACUAUUCUUACGACUGCUCUCAAUAAUAAUAGCAGUAAUAGUAAUAAUGAUAAUUUAUUUUGGGUUUGGGCUGCUUCAACAUGCCCCCAGGCUUAAAACUCUGGUGUUUCCCACCCACCGCUUGUUAUAAGUUGCCUCGUUUAUUAUAGCGGUUAGGUUGCUGCUUUGCUAGGACACAUAGCUGUCAACCUUCCCUUUUUUUGCGGGAAAUUCCCUUAUUCCAGGGCCGUUUCCCGCUGCUAUCCCGGAUUGUUAGAUAUCCCGUAGACUGUCCCCAGGGCAGGUGAGGCUGCUCAUCCCUUAUUUUCGAGGCUGCUGAUCCCUUAUUUUCAAAUCUGAAAGCUGAUAGCUAUGUUAGGACAUCCCCUUGAAUAGUGUGAUAAAAUAAUAAUAAUAAUACAGUGGUACCUCGGGUUAAGUACUUACCGGUAAUUUGUUCCGGAGGUCCGUUCUUAACCUGAAACUGUUCUUAACCUGAAGCACCACUUUAGCUAAUGGGGCCUCCUGCUGCCGCCGCGCCGCUGAAGCACAAUUUCUGUUCUUAUCCUGAAGCAAAGUUCUUAACCCGAGGUACUAUUUCUGGGUUAGCGGAGUCUGUAACCUGAAGCAUAUGUCACCUGAAGCGAAUGUAACCUGAGGUACCACUGUAAUCAUCAUCAUCAUCAUUUUUAUUUAUAUCCCGCCCUCCCCAGCCGAAGCCGGGCUCAGAGCGGCUAACAACAGUAAAAGUAACACAGUUUACAUAAAAUCACAAUCGAUGAAUUGAAAUCCGUUCUAAAAUCAAUUCAUUCUAAAAUCAAUUCAGAAUCAAAUUAAUGGCAACCAUUGGGCUAGAGGUCUAUGAGGAUUACCAAAGGAGGGGGUCCGACAAAUGCCCCUGAGAUCCUGCUCAUUCAAACAGCAGCACCCCUUGCAUUCUGUGUGGGAACCGUUGGAAAUAAAUGUUUUCACUGGCUGCUCGUGAAGCGAAAUCUGCAUCCAUUUUUUAAAAAUGUGACACAGGUGGAGUUUGUUAAAAGCACAAGGCAGCGGACAGGAGCCAAAUGGUGACAGCUCAGCUUGGGAGACCUGUGAUGUUUUCAGAGUCAUGUAAAUUUCAAAUCCAGACCUGCAGCAGCGUUCUGACCUACAGCAUCCAAAUUCACAGGAAUUCUGAGGAAAUUCAGAAUAGCUGCCCCUCUUUAGCAAGCUGUGCUUAUAGCGGUAACGCCUCUGUUCUCAAGAAAGUACUUGGCUAUUUUUGUUCUGCAUUGCAUAAGUUUGGCUGUGCGAAUGGCUCUUUUUGUAACUUCCUGUAAUUGCAUAUCUUUGGUCAUUGACUGUAGAUACGCUCUCCUUUAUACUCUCUUCUUGGUGAACACAGCUGGGUCAUAAAAUGUGAAACCCAGUAGUGUUUUCCCACUCUUUCUGUGCACACUUAGGACUGGAGUGCUGAUGGUCUACUCAGAUUGGUGACUGUGUAUGUGGUAUCAGGCAGUAGCUGCUUUAUUCCAUAUUAUUAUUAUUAUUAUUAUUAUUAUUAUUAUUAUUAAUUUCCACAUUCAUUCAUUCAUGAUAAAAGGGCUCAUGGGCUAAAGCUGGGCUUCAACACAAUCUCAAACAUCUCUUUUUAAAGUGCCCUAAGUAGGUAAGCAGGGGACGCGGGUGGCGCUGUGGGUUAAACCACAGAGUCUAGGACUUGCCAAUCAGAAGGUCGGCGGUUCGAAUCCCCGUGACGGGGUGAGCUCCCGUUGCUCGGUCCCUGCUCCUGCCAACCUAGCAGUUCGAAAGCACGCCAGUGCAAGUAGAUAAAUCGGUACCACUCCAGCGGGAAGGUAAACGGCAUUUCCGUGCGCUGCUCUGGUUCGUCAGACGCGGCUUAGUCCUGCUGGCCACAUGACCUGGAAGCUGUACGCCGGCUCCCUCGGCCAGUAAAGCGAGAUGAGCGCCACAACCCCAGAGUCGGCCACGACUGGACCUAAUGGUCAGGGGUCCCUUUACCUUUAAGUAGGUAAGAUUGGUAAAGACACUCCCUGAGACCUUGGAUAUCUGCUACCAGUUGGAAUAGAUGGGUUGUGCUGGCUGAGGCUGAUGGGCAGCGCAGUAUCUCCUGGAGGGCACCACGUUGGCAAAGGCUGGAACAGAUCAUCCUGGGACAGGUGGACCCAGUGGUCAGCUCCCUAUGCUCUCAGUAUUCAUCCCUAUGCUCUCAGUAUUCAAAAGAAAUAUAUAUCUGAAUUUUGCUUUGAAACAAUUUAUGUUAAACGGUUUUCAUAAGCCGUAUUACCUUUAAACAACUAAAUAGGGGCCAUGUUUGGAAAUUGGGUGAAGUGUUGUGAGCAAAAUGGCUACCAGGUAGCUUGCUCCUCAGGGAUUUCUGCCUUUUGCCCCCUGAAAAAUGCCCAUAUAUGUUUCCUUUGCAAAGACGAACACAUACAAUUCAUUUGCCUGUGUUUGUCAGGGAACUUAACUUAUUCAGGGUUCUGUUCCUCAAUGCUUUAUCCCCACACUUUAGAAUGACUUGCUCAUAGCUGUCCAGGCCAGCUUUCCCCAACCAGGUGUUCUCCAGAUGUUUUGGAUGAUGGCUGGCUGGGGCUGAUGGGAGUUGUAGUUCAAAACAUCUUUAGGACAUCCAGUUAAGGACAGCUGGUCUAGGUUAACACACUGGGUGUAGCACAUAUGGGUGUUUCCGAGCACAAUUCAAAGUGUUGGUGCUGACCUUGAAAGCCCUAAACGGCCUCGGUCCAGUAUCCCUGAAGGAGCGUCUCCACCCCCAUCCUUCAGCCCGGACACUGAGGUCCAGCUCCGAGGGCCUUCUGGCGGUUCCCUCCCCGCGAAAAGUGAGGUUACAGGGAACUAGGCAGAGGGCCUUCUCGGUGGUGGCGCCCGCCCUGUGGAACGCCCUCCCAGCAGAUGUCAAAGAGAACAACAACUACCCGACUUUUAGAAGACAUCUGAAGGCAGCUCUGUUUAGGGAAGCUUUUAAUGUUUAACAGACCACUGUAUUUUAAUAUUUUGUUGGAAGCUGCCUAGAGUGGCUGGGGAAACCCAGCCAGAUGGGCAGGGUAUAAAUAAAUUUUAUUUAUUUAUUUAUUUAUUUAUUUAUUAUUGCUUAAUAUCAUUUUAGGCUGCAGUGCUGUCUCCCUGUCCUUUCCAGGUUUGUAUAGGAGUUUCUUAGUACAUCGCUCAGUUGGUUAGCAUUUGUCUGUCUCUGGAGUCAAACUGUUGGGCGGUCGCUUGUUUGUCCAGGCUGAUUUAAGCAAAUGGAAAGCGCAGGUAUUCUAAGAACGCCCUUCUGAACCAUCACUUCCUAUUUGUAUAUCACAGGGUCUGUGUUGCUGCACAGAGCUUUGGGAGGUGCCCCCUUCAGCACAGAAGGGAAUCCUGAAAUCCCUCCCAAGCAGCCGCUCAAGAAAGCAAAGUUGCCUGUGGGUCGUUUCGAUGAGGCAGAAGAGUCCAGUGCAGAGAAGGAGCCACUGGAAAGUAGGUAUUUUAUGUGUGGGUGUAAAAUAUAAAUGCAGACAUUUGGGAAAUGGUAGACCCAGUUCUGACAUGCCAUGCCUCUCAAACUGGGUAGUAAUGGCAGCUGCCGAGGGCAUGAAGAUCUUUAGCAGAAUUUAUUUGGCCCUUCUUCCAGCCAUUUUCAAUGCUGUUGUCGUUUAGUCAUGUCCGACUCUUCGUGACCCCCUGGACCAGAGCACGCCAGGCGCUCCUGUCUUCCACUGCCUCCGGCAGUUUGGUCAGACUCAUGUUUGUAGCUUCGAGAACACUGUCCCACCAUCUUGUCCUCUGUCAUCCCCUUCUCCUUGUGCCCUCCAUCUUUCCCAACAUCAGGGUCUUUUCCAGGGAGUCUUCUCUUCUUAUGAGGUGGCCAAAGUACUGGAGCCUCAGCUUCAGGAUCUGUCCUUCCAGUGAGCACUCAGGGCUGAUUUCCUUCAGAAUGGAGAGGUUUGAUCUUCUUGCAGUCCGUGGAACUUUUAAGAGUCUCCUCCAGGACCAGAAUUCAUUUUUUUUAUAAGAUAUUUAUUAAGAUUUUCAAUGUUUUACAAAACACACAAAUAAAAAGAAGGAAAAAAAGAAUAAAAAAGAAAAUACAUAGUAAAAAUAUUUAAAAACAAUUCUUUCCUUCCAUUACUUAACCUUCAUUUACUUAUUUCCAGGACCUCCUCACACCUUCCUUUUUUGUAUUCCAGUUCAAUUAUUUUGUUCAGCAAAUGCCUCCUAAUCAUUAAUCAUAAUUAUAAUUUUAGAUUUUUACAUAUUACAUAAUAAACCCUUUUUUCAUCUUCCCUUGUAACCUUUCAGCUAGAGACCACUUAGUUUCUAUCCAGCAUCAUUCUAACAUUCAUUAAUUUUACAAUAUUUCUGUAAAUAAUUGUCAGGGAACUGACAUCAGAGCGGGAGGCGAAGGGGAGGCUCCUAGAUGAUGCUGGAGAAGGACCCAGCAGCAGGGGGAGAAGCAACUCAGUGGAGGGGGAAGCAUUUAAGCGCAACACCAGGAACAAAAGUGGGCAGAUGGGGAAAUCGGAGAGAGGGCUCACGGACUCUUCACUGGAACUCAGUGAGGAGGGGACAGGUCCCCGCUACCCACGCCCACCCUGCGCAGAAGGCUCCCGCGCAGUGAGAGGCGGAGGAGAUUGGGUGUCAAACAACUCUUAUGUUGGAAGAGAUUCAAGAAACGCCCACUGACGGAUUCUGCUAGUGACUGAGACAGUCAUGAUGAGAAAGGGCUGUGCAGUCAGAAAGGUUUAACAAGGCAAAUUAGCCUAGAGAGGCACCAGUUUACGCACGAGUAACUCAUACUCAUCACAAUAAUCUUUAAACUUUUUCCAAUCUUCCUCCAUCGACUCUUCUCCCUGGUCUCGGAUUCUGCCAGUCCUCCAGGACCAGAAUUCAAAAGCAUCCAUUCUUCGGCGAUCAGCCUUCUUUAUGGUCCAGCUCUCACUUCCAUACAUCACUACUGGGAAAACCAUUUUCAAUAGUUAUUGGUAUUUCCUUACCAUCCAGGAUUUGCAAACAGAUUUAAAUAUCGGAUUCUUUGCUUCCUGUGUCUCUAUCAGGGUUCAGAGGUGAGUGCAGACACUAAAUUCACUGGAUUCCUGACUGGCAUCCAUUGUGUGAUAGUUGAGUUUCAGAUUGAUAGUGUUCAAAUUCAGGGGGGUCGACCCAACUUAUGAGCAUUGUUUUCGCUGCUGAGAUAAACUUGUUUAAAAGCGAGAUUCUCCAUUUAGCUUUUUCAUCCCGUUGUGUGCAAUGAGUUAGCGUUAGAUAAUUUAUUACGGUCAAAGACCAGCACACGUAACAUAACACAAUAAAAACAGUGUUCAUAAAGAUAAAAUAUACAAUCGGAGCAGAUUGCAGGGUUAAUAAUAAUUAUAUAAUAAUAAUUUAUUAUCUAUACCCUGCCCAUCUGGCUAGGCUUCCCCAGCCACUCUGGGCGGCUUCCAGCAAAAUAUUAAAGUACAGCAAUGCAUCAAACAUUAAAAGCUUCCCUAUUUAUUUGCAUUUUGCUGUGCUUUCUCCUUCAGAAUUUCCAGAUGGCAUCAAUCCUGUUACGAAAGAGAGAGGCGGACCCAAAGGCCCUGAACCAACUCGCUAUGGAGACUGGGAACGCAAAGGACGCUGUAUAGAUUUUUAAAGGGCUGUUAAAAUGACAUCAUAUUUGGGUGAAGGAAAACUAGUGAGCAGACAUUUAUGUGCUGCGGAGUGUUGUAUUUAUUUAAUGGCAAUUGGGAAGGGAUACUUUCUGUGAAUAAAUAUAUCUUCUACACAAGGUUAGCAGUCUGUGGUUGCCUUUUUUAUUUUUACCUAGGUCCUUGGUGGUGAUGUAAAUAUGAAGAAAGACAAUAAGCAGACUUAAUGGCCCUUACUCACCCUUCUUUCUGGAAAUGCACAAUAAGGGAAAAGUAGCAGAUACAAUUCUGGGCUGUAUUAACAGAAGUGUAGUGUGAUGAGAAUGGUACCUCUCUAUCCUGUUUUGGUCAGACCUGGAAUACAGUGUCUUUUUUAUAUAUAUAAUUUUUUAUUAAUUUUUUAACAUAUCAUUUCCAACAGUCAUUUAACAUAACUUCUUAUCUAUAAGGUCCUCGGC